GCGGGGCCCCGAGUUGCCCUCAGCAAGAUGGCGGCGAAGCAGAAAGUGGGCCGGCGAGUGGCUCCCGGAGCGGGCCGCGGCAAUGAAGGGGAGGCUGAGCAGGUGGUGCCGCUCCAGGCCGUGCUGGUGGCGGACAGCUUCAAUAGGAGGUUCUUCCCCAUCACUAAGGACCAGCCGCGGGCCCUGCUCCCUCUCGCGAAUGUGGCGAUGAUUGACUACAGCCUGGAGUUCCUUACUGAGACAGGUGUCCAAGAAACCUACAUCUUCUGCUGUUGGAUGGCCCAAAAAAUCAAGGAACACAUUCAGAAAUCAAAGUGGAGUCGCCCCACGUCGCCAAACACCAUCCACGUCAUGAGCUCUGAGUCCUACCGAUCAUUAGGAGAUGUCUUGAGGGAUGUGGAUGCAAAGUCACUUCUCCGCUCAGACUUCAUAUUAAUGUAUGGAGAUAUUGUGUCCAAUAUGAAUGUGUCCAAGGCAUUGGAGGAGCACAAGGCACGGCGGAAGAUGGAGAAGAAUGUGUCUGUCAUGACGAUGAUUUUCAAAGAGUCGUCGCCAGGUCACAGGACAAGGUGCCAAGACGACGACAUCAUCGCAGCCAUGGACAGCAAAACUGGCCGAGUGCUGCACUAUCAGAAAGCCCGUGGACUGAAGAAAUUCCGAUUUCCCAUGCACAUGUUCCAUAGGAACAAUGAUGAGAUUGAAAUCCGCCAUGAUCUCCUCGACUGUCACAUAAGCAUCUGUUCACCACAGGUUGCAGAACUGUUUACUGAUAACUUUGACUACCAAACAAGGGAUGACUUUGUACGUGGGAUUCUUGUUAAUGAAGAGAUUUUAGGGAAUCAGAUUCACAUGCACGUGACGUCUGAUGAAUAUGGAGUGCGGGUCUCCAAUCUGCUUAUGUAUGAGGCUGUGUGUUCGGAUAUUAUCCAUCGCUGGGUCUACCCCAUGACACCGGAGAUGAACUUCACAGACGAUGAGAAAGGGUUCAGUGUCCACCUGCGGCACAACGUCUACCGAGCGUCAGACGUCAGCUUGGGCCAGGGAAGUGUGAUGGAAGAAAAUGUAGUGAUUGGCCAAGGCACCAUUAUUGGGACUAACUGCUUCAUAACGAACAGCAUCAUUGGCCACAACUGUGUUAUAGGAGACAAUGUGAAACUCGACCAAGCCUACAUCUGGAAUAACGUCCGUAUUGGAGAUGGGGUGGACAUUUACAGAUCAAUUGUAUGCAGCGAAGUGGAGGUUAAACCUGGAGUCAGACUGAAUGAACAUUGUGUUUUAGCAUUUAACGUGGUUGUGGGGCCUGAUAUAUCCCUUCCGGAAGGUACUGUGGUGUCCUUGCACUUGCCAGAUGAAGAAGAAGAUGAAGAUGAGUUCAGCGAUGACGCAGCAGCAAACCACGCACCGUCGAAAGCAAAGGUGAAAGGCUACAACCAGGAUGAAGUGGGAACACAGGGCCUGGGAUAUAUCUGGAAAGCCGCUAUUGAGAGUGAGAAUGAAGAUGACGAGCUGGUGCAGAAUAUGUGGGGCCUAACGUUAAAAUCCGAAUCUGGGAGUGAAAGUGAAAGUGAGAUGAGUGUUGGCUCACAAGAGGCAGACAGCAGAAGUGUCUCACCACAGCUGGAUGAUGCGAAAGUUUUCCAGAAUGAAGUUCUUGGCACACUGCAGCGAGGCAUGGAAGAAAAUAUUUCUUGUGACCACCUUGUACUCGAGAUCAACUCUCUCAAAUAUGCUUAUAACAUCACCAUGAAGGACGUGACACAGAUCACCACUAAGGUGAUCCUGGACGUACCCCUGCAACAGCACGGAGCUGAAGCUUCAGCUACCCAGUACUGCAACACUCUUAUCUCGCUUCUGAAGAAUUGGGCACAGGUAUUCAAGAAUUAUAUUAAGCGGGCCGUAGAUCACCAGAACUGUCUAGUUGCUCUUGAGGAGUUUUUCACUGAACACGAGAGGCUCUGGCCUGUCCUCGUCAAGGCACUGAUGACGUUGUAUCAGCUGGAAGUAUUGGCUGAAGAAAUCAUCCUCGCUUGGUUCUCUCAGAGUGCAUCCACAGAGAAGGGGAGAAAACUUCGAAAACAUCAGGGGCUCCAGAAGUUCAUCAAGUGGCUUGAAGAGGCAGAGGUAGAAUCAUCUGAAGGAGAGGAUUAACCACAUUUUACAGAUUCACGCGGAGUUUUCACAAACCGCAGCGUCACCAGUGCCAGAAGUGCCCGGUCAGGUCGGCCAGACCUGAAAUUCAUUUGUUUGUUUAAUUUUAAGUGCAAGGAGUAAAAGAAUUCAUAAGAAGAGUGAAAGGCUCUGAUCCAGAUGGGAAUGGUCUCUUGCCAUUUGAUGGCUCCUGCCAAUUUCCGCACUUUGGAAACACUUCAAAACUGGCACAGUCUUUCACACAGGGGACCUGUGUUUAAAUCGCAAAUCAGAUUCAUGGCAUCAAAGUCUCUGCUCGCUUUUAAGGGUCGUCUGUGGAAUAGGUUUGGGCUACUCCUAUUAGGCAUGGGUACACAGCAGAAAACACCCUCUCAUCCGGCACCAAAUUCUUAACCUUGCUUGGAGAAGUCAAAGCCUGGCUGGUGUAGAAAAUGGAAAAACAGGAGACCCUAAUGCAGUAAGGGGCUAGAACACAGUAUGGCAGUAUAAAGGUUUACUUUGAAUCUAACCUUUGAUGUACCUGCCCUGGCAGUGUUAGAUGGGGAUAAUAUAGAGGGAGUUUUGCUCUGUAUCUAUCCCCUUGCUGUGCCUGUCUUGGGAGUGUUUGAUGGGGAUAGUGUAGAGGGAACUCUAUUCUCUAACCUGUGCUGAAAGUACUUGAGACACAAAAUUGAGGGAACCUAACUAAUACAUGUUAUAUCUAACUCAGAAUGUUUUUGGGGACUUUAUUCUGUACCUAGGCCACAGUAUGUCUGAUCUGAGAGUGCUUGCUGCUGAUGAUAAUUACAAGGGAAGUAUUCCAUUCAUAUCAGGAACAUCCCUUACUUUGAGGGGCACGGCAAUUAAUUGAAAGAAAAUGUGACAGAUUUUAGGCAGGGUGGAGACAGGAGGAUGUUAGAUUGAAAGCUUCUCACUGCUGCUCUUUCGGGAAUGUCUCGUCGUAGUAGUCAUUGAACAGGAGAAUAAAACCACACUGUUCAGGGACUCAUUCAGUUUCCAAUGUCGCCUGAAGGGAAAUGACUUUGUAAAUAACUCUGUCUCCCUUCACUUGAAAUGCUGCUGAGUGAUUCGAAACAGACACGAGGCAGAGUUAAGUAGGGUUUGUGGUGCCAAGAAGGACAGACUGUGGUGUCAGAAGGAAAAGCUUUCCUUUCCCCAAGCGGCAGUGCCAGAGCUUCAUAUUUUUACUGCCUUCAUCCUGAACAAUAAUGUGGACCUUGAGCACUGCAGUUCUUCAUAAAUGUGCAAGCAAGCCAACUCCUCAGUGUCUCCUUACAGAUUAUGACUUGAUGAAUAUAUUUGGUGAUAGUGCAACAGUGAAAAGUUUCAAUGGUGAAUAGCUCUUUCCUAGGAUCAAUGGGUAAAGAAUCCACACUGGUUCAAAGACCCUGGAGUGUUCUCCAAAGUCUGUGCUGAGCAAGCUGAUGCCAGCAAGGAGGCUGCUAAACCUGCCCUCCAUGUCCCAUCCUUCUCUUCCUGAUCACUGAUUCUUGCUGGAAAAUCACGUGUGGAUUAGAACAGGAUCCAGCUUAGCUGUGAUUCCUCCUGUUGUUGAAUAGCCACCACUCAGUGUCAAAGUUGGCAGAUGAAGAAUGGUCAUUUUGGCAAAGUAUUGAUAAAAGCCCAGCUCCAAUGGGACCCAUACCCCAGUCUGGAGCCAGUGCCAGUGGUACCCUGUACCCCAACAUCUAUCCAGCACCUGUGAACCUAUAACCCAACAUAGAAUAGACAUGUAAGAAUCCAGCUGCUGUGAUACCUGUACUCCAGCAUUGAGACUGUCCCUGUGCAACUGUACACCAACAACCGCUGGCUCCUAUGAAACAAAAGCCAAAUGCUGCAGAUGCUGGAAAUCUGAAAUAAAAACAAAUUGUUGGAAAUACUCAACAGCUCUGGCAGCAUCUGUGGAGAGGGAAACAGAGUUAUGGUUUCAAAUCGAUGACUUUUCAUCAAAACUAAUUAAGGCUCCUGUGGACCCCAUAGCCCAACAUGGACAGUUGCAAGAAUAGGGAGAAAAUUGGUACAAAAAUAUCAAUUUAAUGAAGCUUGUGCUGUUUUUCCCUCCAGUUGUUAACAGAUGACUAAUGAACAGGAGGUUUGAGUUUGCAGAGCCAUGCUCGGUGUGAAAGUUAAUGGAUAGUAGUGAGUUCAGCUACCGUUUACUGAGGCAGGGAGGAGCUGGCUUAUUAAGUAAUUAAAAGGUGCUUUUACUGGAGAGAAGCAGAGUCAUCGGAGAUUGUACAGCUAGCUCGCUGUCAGCUGCACUGGACAGCAGGAACCUUGGCGUCGUCUUUUUGAACCAGUUUCAUGAGACUAUAAGCUGUGAUUUGUCCUUGACUGAAACAGAGCUAACAGGGGGAUUUAAAUAAGGCAGCGUAACACUGGGAAUCACAGCGCUGUCCUGAAACUGGCAUCUGGCAGCGGCUGUAUUUAGGUUGUAUUGUGUUUUUAGGUAUUGAAUUCUGUUUAUAUGCACAUGCAUAAGACAGUGAAACAAAACACUCAAAUCUCAGAUGAAUGAAUAUGUAGAAAUUCGCCGCAGCUCCCAAACAUGCCCAAAAUAAACACUGUUUAAGGAGUUUGAGAUCCAAUUGGAACUUGGUCAGAUAUUUAUUUUAGUUCCUUCACCACCCUCCCCCACCCACCAUGCUUUUUUUGGCACAUUGAACUAAAGCACAGAAAAAAUUUCUAUAUGUAAGCAUUGUGGCAGCAGUUGGGAACAGAGAGAAUUAAUCAAUGUGCCAGAAUGCUCCUGAAACUAACUUGGGCUUAAUGUUGAUAAAUAAACUCAACAUAAUGGAGGAUGGAGCAAGUAUGUGAAAUUCCUAACCCUUCUCCGAAAUUGCUGUUUUAUAUGGAAGGCUGUUAUUUAAAUACAUACCGCAGGUGUGUAUGAACAGUUUGGAGAGGUGUCAGUUGGCUGUGUAGUUUAAAUCUCGCCUCUGUGUCAGUAGGCUGUGGGUUCAAGCCUCAUUCUCGAGACUUGCAGUACUGAGGGAGAUGCUGUCAAUCGGAUUAUAUUAAACUGAGGCUCCUAUCUGCCAUCUCAGAUGGACGUAAAAGGUCCUGUGGCACUAUUUUGAAUGACAGUAGGGAGUUCGCCCCAGAAACCUGGCUGAUAUUUAUCCCUCAAUCAACAUCACUAAAUUAUCUGGCCAUUGUCACUUUGCCUGUUUGUGGGAUCUCACUGUGUGCAAAUUGACUGCUGUGUUUCCCACAAUGCAAUAGUGGCUUCACUUCAAAAGUACUUCAUGGGCUAUUUAAUCAUCUUUGGACAUCCCGGGGUCAAGAAUGUUGCUGUAUAAAUGCAAGUCUUUUCCUUUUGCUGUGACUUUAUUAACAUCUUUAUAAUGUGCACCUCCCACCCACAAAGGAUUGACUUAACAGUUUGUGUACCCUGACCCUUGAUAGAAAAUUGUCAUUCAGUUUAUGACUAAGCUAUGUGCCGCCUCCCCUUUCUGCUUCCGAAAGCCCGGAGAAUGCAAAUAGUUUCUGUAUACAUCACCGUGCUGAUUUGGAUUGGAGCUUUCCAAGUAGGUACAGCGUGUUUAGGGACUGCGUGGGGGCGCAACAUCUGCAGCAGGAUCAAGUAACCUUCCUUUAGAUUCAGUGAGAUGACUUUCCCAUUUGAUGCUUGUGCUAUCCCCUCACAAAGAACCCUUUCUAGGCUAGCCAAAACUUGCAAUGUGCCGAGUAAGGUUUGAUUUACAGAAUGCACAUCCAUAUUGUAAACCUAACAACAACUCUGCUGAUUAAAUGCCAUGGAAAGGA